AUGGCAUCAUUCAUUAAAGUUGUUCAAAAGCAUAUUCUUGUGCGUGAAAAACAAUCCUAGCUAGCUUUACUUAUAUCUAUACUUUUGUAAAACUGGUGUGCGUUGAUAUUGUUUGAAAUGGCGGGUUUGAUAGAUAAGGCUAAGCAAUUCGUUUCGGAUGCAGUGGCGAGUAUGGAGAAGCCUGAGGCGACUGUCAAAGACGUGGAUCUUAAAAGUGUAUGCCUUAGCAACGUCACUUACAACGCUAAAGUCAACGUUACCAAUCCGUACAGUGUUUCAAUUCCUAUCUGUGAGAUCCGUUACGUUCUCAAAAGCUUUGGCAGUGUGAUUGCAACCGGCACAGUCCCUGAUCCUGGGUCACUAAAAGGAGACGGUGAUACCUUACUAGAUGUCGAGAUCAAGGUUCCACACAGCGUGUUGGUAAGCUUGGUGAAGGACAUUGCUAGAGAUUGGGACAUCGAUUACGACCUUCAGGUCAACCUUGUUGUUGAUCUCCCACUCCUUGGCGAGUUUACUAUUCCAGUUAAUAACAAGGGUGAGGUCAAGCUCCCUUCACUUAGUGACUAUUUCACUAAAUAGGUGUGCGUAGUGGAAUUAAAAGUAAGAUCGAUGAUCUGAUUGAUCACAUAUAUACAUGAUUAAAAGUACUUCACAAUACUUGAUUUUGAUGGGAUAAUAUGUACUAAUACAAUUCCUGUAUUUCUUGUCACACAUCUAUUUUUUCCAUA